CGGAAGAGUUAAGAACUUAAAAACUUCAACUCCUGCAUCUUUGGAUUAUUAAAACAAAAAACUGAAAGUAAAUGGGUUUAAUGCAUAAAUUAUUGAAACAUAAAAAUUUAAAAAUGGAUUUAUCAAGUACAUCGCAUGAAAGACUCAUUGGCAAAGAGCCAACAAACUCUGAGGAUAAACAUUUCACAACGGAACACAUACUACAAUUGUGUAAAUUUUUAGCAGAAAAAUCGAAAAGAAAUAAAAAUAUUUAUAAACAACAACAAAGCCCGCGAAAAUUAAAACAACACUUGGAAUAUCAUAAUAAUUCAUUUGAAUAUGAAGAAAUAUCGGACAGUGAAGAUUUGGAGACAACAAUUAUUCGUCAAGAGAAAAGAUUGCCAUGCAUGGAUAUGGACAUAAAAGGUGAGGACUACACAAUACCAGUUCAUGCUGCAAAAAUUCCAACAACAACGAAGUCACACAUUCUGUCAGACAACUUAGAUCAUCAUUUUCAAGCUGUUACAAAUACACCUUGUAACACAAGUCAAUCCAGUGAUAGUGCAAACCAAACUCCUAACCAUAAUGAUGAACAAAAUCCUGGAAAACGUGAUAUAUUAAUCAAAAUUCGUCAACAAAUCUUCGAACGUAAACGUCAACGUCAUUUAGCACAUCUUCAACAAAGGCUGAAUGUUUGGAGGCCCUGGUAAUUGUCAACCAGAUUAAAAGGGCAAUAUAUAAUAGACUUUUGAGAGGAUCUCAAAAUUUGUAAACUUUUAUUCCUAAAAAGCCAAAACUAAUUUUUUAUAUCAAUCUAAGUAUUAGUAAAAAUUAUUUAAAUAUUAGAACAAAGUAUGAAAUUCCGCGAGUGUUAGAAAAUCAAAUAA